AUGAGAAGGACAGAUGUUGUCGGAGCGGUUAGCUUCUCGAGAACCUUUGGCUUUGUGGACACAGGAGCGGACCACGGUAUCUUGGCCCGAUUGCAACGGUCGAUCGCCUCGAUCGGCUGGCUGCAGCAUGCGCCAUGGCUGCUGAACAUCCACAAUGCGCUGAUUCCCAUAAUUGGCAACUGGGUAGGUCUGAACGACCGCCACGGGAAAUUCUUCGACAUGUCAGAGGAAGAGGUAGAGUCGUGGAAGCAGAGGGGACGGACCGAGAAGGACAUGGUAGGCUUGCUUGUUGACGUGCAGCGGACCAAACCCGAGUUGAACGACAAGAACAUCAAGUACAUGAUGAGCACGAACAUCUUCGCCGGCUCAGACACCACCUCAACCUCCCUUCGGGGCACCAUGCUGCACCUGCUCCGCAAUCCCGACAAGAUGAGAUGCCUGAUGGAGGAGCUGGAGGGAAAGAAGGCUAGGGGGGAACUCAGCGACCCCCCUACGUAUGAAGAGACCUUGGAAUGUCCCUAUCUACAAGCUGCGAUGUACGAGGGUGUCCGUCUGUACCCAGCCAUCGGCUCCCCGUUGGCUAGGGUUGUGCCGGAGGGUGGUAUGGAUGUUGACGGCCGCUUCGCCCCGGAAGGAACGAUUGUAGGCUCAAGUGCAUACAUUAUCAACCGGCUGCCACAGGUUUGGGGCCCCGAUGCGAACGAAUUCAGGCCCGAGAGAUGGCUUGAUUCCAAAGAGAACGUUUCCGCACUGAAUUUGAGCUGGCUGGAAAUGUCCAAGAUGAUCCCCUGGCUACUCCUCCGUUACAACUUGACCCAGGUGGAUGGAGAUAAAGUGUACGAGGAAUAUGGGUGA